AAACCAUUGACAUCCCUGGCUCUUCUGAAACGUCAUUUUGAAGUUUGUCAACACGUGCGAUUGCCGAGUUGAGGUGCAAUUUUUAUUCUCAGAGUUUUUGGCGACAGUUUUUAAUAAAUUAAUAAUUCUGUGAUAAAAGAAAUAACUGAACAAUGAGAAAGCCUAAAAAUGAUGAAAUCCCCGGUUUCCCAUCGAUGGACGGUGAUGGUGGAAAAGAUUCUGAAAUCAAACCCAUUAAAGGUGGUGGAAAGGUGAAGAAAAGCGGUGGUUUUCAAUCCAUGGGUUUGGGUUAUGAUAUUUUGAAGGGUAUCACCAAACGUGGCUACAAAGUUCCUACUCCAAUUCAAAGAAAGACAAUUCCACUAAUUUUGGAAGGCCGAGAUGUCGUUGCUAUGGCCAAAACAGGAUCUGGAAAGACCGCUUGCUUCUUGAUCCCAAUGUUUGAGAAACUAAAGCAACGUGAGCCAACCAAAGGAGCUCGAGCAUUGAUUCUAUCACCCACUCGUGAGUUGGCAGUUCAAACGUACAAAUUCAUCAAGGAAAUUGGUAAAUUCAUGGAUUUGAAGACGAUCUUGGUGCUUGGUGGUGAUUCGAUGGAUUCACAGUUCUCGGCUAUUCACACUUGUCCUGAUGUCAUUGUUGCCACACCUGGACGGUUCCUGCAUUUGUGCGUGGAAAUGGAUUUGAAAUUGGGUUCAAUUGAAUACGCUGUCUUUGAUGAAGCUGAUAGAUUGUUUGAAAUGGGUUUUGGAGAGCAAUUGAACGAAACCCUGAAUCGAUUGCCUUCGACCAGACAAAUGGUGAUGUUCAGUGCUACAUUGCCAAAGCUUUUGGUGGACUUUGCAAAGGCUGGUUUAAGUGACCCUGUUUUAAUUCGAUUGGAUGUGGAGUCAAAACUUCCUGAAGGAUUAACCCUUAAGUUCUUACAUUGUCGUCCAGAUGAACGUUACACAUCUUUGAUAGUUCUUCUCAAGUAUGUCAUCCCCAAAGACGCACAGACUGUGGUGUUCGCAGGCACACAGCAUCACGUUGAACUUAUUUCUUAUAUCCUCACUCAAGCUGGAAUUUCAAAUGCUCCUGUCUACUCCAGCCUAGAUCCAUCGGCUAGAAAAAUCAACACAGCCAAAUUUCAAUACAAAAAGGUGUCGGUUCUCGUGGUCACAGAUGUGGCAGCUCGUGGUAUCGAUAUCCCCAGCUUGGAUUAUGUCGUAAACGUGCAUUUCCCAGGCAAACCGAAGCUCUUUGUCCAUCGAGUUGGACGAUGUGCUCGUGCUGGACGAACUGGUACAGCUUUCUCGAUUUUCGCCACCGAGGAUCAAGCUCAUAUGCUCGAUUUGUAUAUGUUCUUGAACAGGCCGUUCAAGAUAAACGAUACAAGCUCGAUCGGUGUUAUCCCCCAGGAUCUACUGGAGGAGGAACAUCUAACAGUGAUUGAAUACAAGAAGAGUCAUCAUAUUAGUGGAGUCAUGAGAACAAGUGAGAAUGCGUAUAAGAAAUACUUGGCCUCCAGACCGGUAGCUUCAGCAGAUGCAAAUAAACGUGUAAAGACGAUUAAAUUCUUUAGCCUCAAGCCUUUGGAUGAUUUCCUUAAGUCAUCAGUUGCUUUGGACACUGCCUUAGCCACUAGUACCAAGGAAAAACCUGGUUCCAAAGCCGAAGCAGAAGAGGAGCAAAGACAGCUACAAGACGCAAAGCACGAUUUGGUUCUGAAAAUGAAGAGUUUCCGUCCACCAGGGACCAUUUUCGAGCUCAACCGGAGCCAGAAGUCGAUACAAUUCGCAAUCAUGAAAGAGAAACGUGAGAAACAUUCUGAGGUCAUUGAAAAAUUCCGUUCCCAAAGGGAGGAACUGGAUAGGGAGGAUGAAAAACGUGAAGCCCAAAUCACUGAAAAGGAAGAAAAGGCUGAAGAACUCGAUGAUGAAGAAAUUACCAAAACAUUCGGCAAAGUAGUAGCUCCCAAGAAACGCAAGAACAUGGAUGACCUAUACAAGCCAAAGACGAAGAAAAAGAAGAAGAAGGUUCAUGUCAAGGACGACGAGAACUUCAUUCCCUAUCAAUCGGCCGAUAAGGCAACCGAAGAUGGUCUAGCCAUAAACUCUUUCGAACGUCAAGCCAUGAAUGCCGAGUUCAGUGUUGUCGAGAGGACAUCCGUCCCAGAGCUCAAACACAAACCGGGUCAAAAGAAAUGGGAUCGUAUCAAGAAGAAAAUGGUCUCAGUUCAGGAUCCCCGCAACAACAAAAUCCGCACAGAAUCAGGCGCCUGGAUUCCGGCUAGUUUCAAAACUGGACGCUACGACGAAUGGAAACAGAAAUCACGAAUCGAAGAACAAAUGCAACGUGAAGCUGGUAGUGAUGAUGAUGCACCUGCUCCACUUACCCACGAAAAGAGGUAUCCAGUGAGCAGACAUGCCCGUCACAAUGCCAAGGUCGAGGAGAAGAAACGUAUGGGCGGAGGAAAUCCCGAACUGAGAAAUCCCGAUCAGAUUGUAAAGAAUCGACUGCGUUUGGAGUUCAUCAAGAAGAAGCAACAAGUCAAUACGGAAAAGAAAGCAGAGAAUCGCAAGAGGAGCAUGAGGAAAAACCAACGGGGUGGCAAGAAGAGGAAGUAGAUGAUGUAUUCUUGUGGCGUUUUGUUGUAAAUAUAAAUAAAAGUUUUAUCAAUUUAUUUAAGACCAAUGACAAUAA